GGAAACUGAAGCCCCGGGCUACUGCCCGAGACCGGAAGCGGAAGCGCCGGGCGGUGCUGAGGAAGGAGACGCGGGCGGCUCACUGCUGUGUGUAAAGUUUUCUCCGCGGGGGACUGGGUUCACGUGUUAUCUCUGGAGUUCAAGUUUAAGUUGAAACCAGCCUCAAGUUUCACCUGUCCUCACUGACCCGUGGAUUUCUGCGUGACCAGAGCCCUGUCCUGAGUGCACUGUGGGGAUACGAGGAGGAGCAUCCUCGUUCUUCUGCUCCCUGUUGUUCAGGAAAACUUACUGUCUGAAUCACAGGAUGGCGACCAUGGUUCUGUCCCCCACUUUUGCUCAGUCUUCCCCGUACCCAGCCUCUCACCAGAAAGGAUGCACAGAGGAGGAAGGGUUGGCUAAUGGCUUCCUGACAGACUGGUUACAGGACUUGGUGACUUUUGAGGAUGUGACUGUGGAGUUCACCCAGGAAGAGUGGGCACUGCUGGACCCUUCUCAGCGAACACUGUACAGAGAUGUGAUGCUGGAGAACUGCAGGAACCUGGCUUCACUUGGGUAUCAUGUUGAUAAACCCAGUCUGAUCUCCCAGUUGGAGCAAGAAGACAAGGUGAUGACAGAGGAAAAAGGAAUUCUUCCAGGCACCUGUCCAGAUUUGGAGACGGUACUUAAAGCAAAAUGGUUAACUCCUAAGAAGCAUGUUUUUAGAAAAGAACAUUCUAAUGGUGUAAAAGUGGAGAGAAGUCAUCUGGGAGUGAAACUCAAUGAAUGUAAUCAGUGUUUUAAAGUCUUCAGCACAAAAUCUAACCUUACUCAGCACAAAAGAAUUCAUACUGGAGAAAAACCCUAUGACUGUAAUCAGUGUGGCAAAUCCUUCAGCAGUAGAUCCUACCUCACUAUUCAUAAGAGAAUACAUAAUGGGGAGAAGCCCUAUGGAUGCAAUGACUGUGGAAAAGCCUUCAAUGAUCCUUCCUCCCUCAGACUGCAUGUGAGAAUCCACACUGGAGAAAAACCCUACGAAUGUAACCAGUGUUUUCAUGUCUUCCGCACUAGUUGUAACCUCAAAAGCCACAAGAGAAUUCAUACAAGAGAGAAUCACCAUGAAUGUAAUCAGUGUGGCAAGGCCUUCAGCACGAGGUCCUCCCUUACUGGGCACAACAGUAUUCAUACAGGAGAGAAACCUUACGAGUGCAGUGAUUGUGGGAAAACCUUUAGGAAGAGCUCAUAUCUCACACAGCAUAUGAGAACUCAUACUGGAGAAAAACCCUAUGAGUGUAAUCAGUGUGGAAAAUCCUUUAGCAGUAGCUUUUCUCUUACUGUGCACAAGAGAAUUCAUACCGGUGAGAAACCCUAUGAAUGCAGUAACUGUGGGAAAGCCUUUAAUAAUCUCUCAGCUGUUAAGAAACAUGUAAGAACUCACACUGGAGAAAAACCCUAUGAAUGUAAUCAUUGUGGGAAAUCUUUCACCACUAACUCUUACCUUUCUGUGCACAAGAGAAUCCAUAAUAGGUGGAUAUGACUACAAUAACUGGGAAAGCAUUCACUGAUUUCUUAUCUCUCAGACAACUUGUGAUAACUCACGCUUAGAUGUAUGAGUUAUCUGUUGCUGCAUAACAAAUUUCCCUUCAAAACAUAGUAGCUUUAAACAGCAAACAUUUAUUAUCUAUAGGUCAGGAUUUCAGAACCAGCUUAGCUGUGUAGUUCUAGCUCAGGAGCUCUCAUGAGGUUGUAGUCAAGAUGUCAGCAGGAGCUACUGUCAUCUACUUUACUGCUGGCUGAGGAGUCCACUUCGAGAAUAGCUCAGUCACAUGCCUGGCAAGUUAGUACUGGUUGUUGGCAGGGAACCUUCAUUUUCUCACCAUGUAGGACUCUCCACAGGGCUAUGUGUCUUUAUGACAAAAGCAGGUUCCUCCCAAAGCAUUUGAUUUAAAGAAGAGCUAAUGCAGAAACCACAGUGUCUUCUACGACCUAGUCUCAGAAGGACAUAUCAUCACUUCUUCUGUAUUUUAAUGGUCACACAGACCAAUCCUGAUACAGUGUGGGAAGAGACCAUACUCAGUAUGAAUACCAGGAAACAGAUUGUUGGGAACCAUCUGGGCAGUUUUCCAUGAAAUCACUGAUGUAAGACCUUCAGGAGACCCUCAUUCUUUCAGUCUGUUCAGUAUGAAGUAAUAUUUAAUAACUCAUGUUAAUUCACCCGUGAAAGAAACCUCAUGAGUCCAGUCUUUGUGAUAAGCUUUCAGCUCAAAUUCACCCUAAUGUACACAAAAGAUUAAGUAUUGUGGAUAAAUCUGAGGAAUACAGUGGUGAUAUCUAGGGAGUCAUGUGACAAUUCACACUAAGGGGAGAGUCCUAUGAAUAUCAUCAGAAUGUAGAAGUCUUCAGGGACACUCAUCCCUUAGAACACACAUGAGGAAUCACUACAGAGGAACACUCACUCAUGUAAGGAAUGUGGAAAACCCUAUAGCACAAGAGUUUACAUUACUGAACAGAAGAUGAAGAGAUUCCGAGUGCAAGUACUAUGGGAAAGCCUUCAGUGUUCUCUCAACUUUUAAGAGAUACGAUGAUUUAUUCUGGAGAGAAUGUCCCAUUGAAUGGCAUCAGUACUGGAAAACCUUCCAUUUUCCCACAUUCCUUAAACUGAAAAGUCGUUGCAGAGAAAUUUGUGAGUAUAAAGAAUGAGGGAAUGCCUUUAAUGAUACCUCUUAUGUUAGGAAAGCUAUGAAAUUCCUGGAUGCAAAACUGUGGAUUAAUUUUGGGAAAUCUUUCGGUGAGUCCUGUCUGUUGACUUCUGAGAAGUCACACAGGUGGGGAACCCUAGAAGAUACUCAACGUGAGAUUGCCUCAGCUCUUCUCUGAGUGGCCACAGAAUACUUUAAACUGGGAAUGGAAAGUGUAAAUAUUAUGAGCAUGGGAUUACCUUUAUCAGUGUCUCAUCCUUAGGGUGGGGCAACUAGCUCUUUAAUUUUCAGUCUUUGCUUAAGUAUAAACAUUGAUGUCUAUAGCUAUACCCUAAGAUAAACCUUAAAUUAUGUUCCAUAGUUUUAUAUGUAAUAUGUUUAUCAUCAUUUACUCUAAAAAUAUUAACACAUCGCAUAUUUAUAAAGGUAUUUCUGAUUAUCUCCUGAGUGAUUUAGUUUAUCCUAGUAGAAAUUAGACUAUAUUUGCUACAUACCUUUUUCUAAUUUAAUGACAUUUUUAUCAAGUAAGUGGACUUUAUGAUGUUCAGAUAUUGUAUGUACAUUCAGGUUGGUUUUUAUUUUUCUUUCAAGCUUAUUUAGUGAUAGAUGUGAAUUAAAGUCUUCCACCGUUGUUACGGAUUGACAAAUUCUUCUUGG